AUGCGUGAUACAUGUCGAGGUAGUGUAGCGCUUGUGAAGGUGCUAUGGUCUAAUCACGUCAUCGAAGAAGCCAUGUGGGAGGCAGAAGAUGCCAUGAGACGCGAUUAUCCCUGGUUGUUUGCUCAGACUUACUAUCUUGCUCUAAGUGAAGUAGAGCCACAUAGGGAAAUUCAAUUGAAAAGGUUUAUUUCUAAGAUCAUGUUUAUGUGUACUGUAGCAAAACAAAUAUAUUCAUCUAAUGGUAAUGUGAUUUUUGAUGGAAAGAUAGGUAUGUGGCCUUUUAUAAGUCAGGAACCUGCGAAGAGGAGCUCAAAGAACAGGAGGAGGGGAGAAUUAGAAACUAAACCAAUUCGAUCAAUCACUAAAGAGCAUAUGAGGGUAAUGCUCAUAACCAAUGUCAUACCAACAAUCAGAGCUAAAUGGCCUAGUAUGUUUUCAAAAGACAUUAUAAUUCAACAAGAUAAUGCAAAGCCUCACAUAGCACCCAAUGACAAGGAAUUUGUUGAUGAAGCAUCAAAAGAUGGAUUUAAUAUCCAACUUGUGCAACAACCACCAAAUUCACCUGACAUGAAUGUGUUAGAUCUUGGUUUCUUUAGAUCUAUUCAAGCAUUACAAUUUCAAAAGGCAGCAUACAAUGUACGACAAUUAUUAAAAGCUGUGAACUUGGCAUUUAAGAAUUUAAAUCCUCAGUCUUUGAGAUUUAUGUUCAUAACCUUACAAGCUUGCAUGAUUGAAGUCAUCAAAAGAAAAGUUGGUUUUGACUACCACAUACCACACAUGAACAAAACCAAACAAGCAAGAGAAGGAACAUUGCCAGAUUAUUUGUCUGUGGACAAAGUCUUGGUUUUUGAUUCACUUCAACACUUGCUAACUAAGGUGAGCGUUGAAACAAUUAAAGAAUUAGUCCAAAUGAUUGGGUUUCAAGGGGAUGUUCAAGUCACUGAACCACAACUUCAAGUCACACAGGGCAGAAUCAACAUGGACAACAACAACCAAACAGCCAGCAACACAUAA